CCCAUGGUAAGUCACGAAUUUGACACCUUCAGCUAUCGCAAUACUUCAUUCCCGUGGUCGCAGCGGCCACAAAUCGUAAUACUGCAUCCACUCUCUACUGUUGCACCAAGUCCGGAGGAAUUUUCUUGAAUUUGCAUCGCGUUGCACUCGGCCAGCCAUGAGAUACCCACUUGUUUUCCUCCACCGAACACCGUAGUGUAGCAACCUUCGUUAUAAGCUCGCGCGUCGGCGAAUUCCCUCAUGGCGGUCGUCGGCGCCGUCGCAGCGGCGGCCGGCGCGGCGGUCUUCGUGUACUACACGGGCUUCGCCGAGUCGCCGCUCUUCCCGCGCUUCCGCCGCAGAAAGGACGGCUCGGAGUCGGGGGGUUCCGACAGCGACCGCGCGCACGGCAGCGGAGGCGGAAGCGGAGGCCGCCGGGAGGGAUGGCGGAAGCGGCGGCGGUCGGUGGGGCUGCGCGGGCCGGACCGGCCGCCGGCGACUCUGGCGGAGACGGCGGCGAUGCUGGCGGCGGCCAUGCGGUUCCUGUUCGUGGAGACGCUGGGCAAGUGGCCACUCACCGACCUUCUCUUCGGCGUCGCGUUCCUGCUGCGCCGCCGCAAGCGCGCGGACGUGUCGCGCAUGUACGCACGCGAGGCGGUGGCGCGGCUGCGGGGCGCGUGGCGCGCGCGCGAGCUGGAGAUGGUGGCGGAGUACGUGAGCCUGUGCUACUCCUUCUCGCGCAAGCCCUACCGCCUCUUCCUCGAAGACUCGCGCCUCUCACCCUCCGACGUCCUCAUCUACGAACCCAAAGCCGGGCUAUUGAAGCCGGCAUUCGCGCUGAUAGUGGAGCAGCGGCGGCGCACGGUGCUGCUGGUGGUGCGCGGGACGCACUCCACCAAGGACAAGCUCACCUGCGCCACGGGCGCCGUCGUGCCCUUCCACCACACCAUCAUGACGGACGGAGGUGUGCGGCACAUAGUGCUGGGGUACGCGCACUGCGGCAUGGUGGCGGCCGCCCGGGCGAUUGCUGCGCGCUGCCUGCCCACGCUCAGACAGGCGCUCGCCCGACACCCGGGGUUCCAUGUCAAGCUGAUCGGGCAUUCCCUGGGCGGCGCCACGGCGUCGUUGCUGACCUUCAUUCUGAGGGAGAAGGAGGGGCUCGCCUCCACCACCUGCGUUGCGUUUGGACCUGCGGCGGCGAUGACGUGGGACCUGGCGCAGUCGGGCGAGUGCUGUGUGACGUCAAUCGUCAACGGCACCGACUUCAUCCCCACGCUCUCCUCCAGCUCGCUUGACGACCUCCGCCAAGAGGUGCGGCGGUCAGCGUGGGCGAGUGAGUUGCGGGAGCAGUUGCGCAAGGUGAAGCUGCUGCGCUCCGCGCUGCGCUCCGCCGCCCUCAUCCGCCGCCACCUCGCCCUCUGCCCCGCCUGCCUCUGCCGCCGCCCCUCCGCCUGCUCCCUCGCGUUCUCCUCACCGCUCUUAUCCUCAACCUCCUCCUCCUCCUCUUCCUCCUCAUGCUCUCUCACCCCAUUUCUUACAUCCGCGUGGGCAUGCACCAUGUGUGGGCAGAGGCACAUGGGGCGAGGGGAGGGGGCGUCCAGGGCAGCGUGCUGGUCGGCUACCUUGCUGCAGGCGCCAUGCAUGGGAAGGCUCGCAUGUGCCGGGGUGCUACGCUCGCCGCUCUUCCCCCCUGCCUCAGCACCUCUCCCCCACCGCUCCUCCUCCUGCUCCCCCGCCUCCUGCCCUCCGCCCUUGCACUUCCUUGCUGCAGCCCCUGCAGCAACAGUGGCAACUGUCGGCCGUGUCUGCUGCCUCCCUGCUGCUCUGCGCCCUACCCUCGCCUCCUCCACCCCUCCGCGACCCUCCUGGACUCUGCGCACCUCCCUGCUGCCGCCUGGCUUCUGCAGCCGCGUCCGCACGCGCCCAUCCAUCCUCCCGGGGGGCCUGGCAGGUGCAACAGCGGCACACACAGUCAGUCCUUUGGAGGGCCCGCGGUGGUGGCGGCAGGACGUGGCCGAGGCGAUCGUGGUGGGGGACGCCAAGAGGGGCGUGGAGUCACGGCACGGGUCAGAGGGCAGGUUGGCGCACGCACAUGCACACACACACACACAUUCUUUGGAUGGGGGCAGUGCUGCUGGGAGAGGCGGGGAGGGUGUGGGGAAGGGUGGUGGGGAUUCGGAAGAGGCUAGCUUGCUGGGGGGUACGGAGGAGUGGGUGAAGGUAGAAGAUGUAGGGGAGGAGGUCGAGGACGAGGAGCAAGAGGAGGAUGAAGAGGAUGAGGACGAGGAGGAGAUCGAAGAGGAGGAGAGUGAUGAGGAUGUGGACGAGGGGGAGGAGGAGGAGGAGGUGGGGGACGAGGCAGAUCUAGAGGGGGCCGGCGAGAGGGAGCAGAGCAUGAGGAGGGAGAGGGAGCAGGAGCGGGAGGAGGAGCUGCGGCGGCAGUGCAGCGACGACGUGGAGGGGCUGGCAGCGCUGCUCAAGGCCAUGGACGAGGGGGGGGACGCCGACCGCGCGGACAGCGACGACAGCUACGGGGGGGCAGUGGGGCCCGAGGAGGGAGACACGGGUUUCUCAGGGGAGCAGUGGCGGGGCCACGGCGGGGGGCUGUCGUGGGCAGUGAUGGAGCAGCAGCUGCAGGAGCGGCUGGACGCCAGCACGCGCGCGUCCAAGAGCGAGGAGGAGGCAGUGGUGCCGGCCGCAGUGGUGCAGGACAUCCUGAGGGAGGAGGAGGAGGUGGCCAGCCAGGUGGCGGGCGCGGGCGAGGAGGGGGACAUUCUUGAGCCGCUGGUGGCAGGUGUGGUGGAGAACAGCAGUGAGGUGCCUGAGGUCGUGCGCACGGACCCCCGGCGCUGGUUCCCGUGCGGGCGCAUGGUGCACCUGCUCAGGAACGAGGAGCACGAGGAGCAGAGGGACGGCGGUGUGGGGCCAGGGGAGGAGCGCGGGGGGGAGGAGCAGUGCGACAGCAGGGAGGGGGAUGGGACACGGGGAGAGGGGGAGGACGGGCACAAGGGCUUGGACUCGGCGCAAGAAGGUGGAAGUGGUGGUGCUGGCAGCGGUGGGGCUGGUGGAGGGAGGAGUGGUGGCGCUGGGGGAGGGUCGCGCAAGGUAGGGCAGGGGGGGGGGAGGAAGCGGGGUGCAUGGAAGGCGGGGAUCUUUGAGACGCGGCGGCACGUGUACUCGAGCAUCAAGCUGACCGGGUCCAUGAUCCAGGACCACCUCAUGAUGAACUACCGCCGCACACUGCUGGACGUGGUCAAAGAGCUGGAGGAGGAUGAUGAGGACGUGGUGGAUGAGGAGUACGAGGAGGAGGAUGAGUGCGCCUUCAACUGUGGAUGAUGCCAUGCCAUCAUGCCAUGCCAUCAUGCCAUGCGAUACGCGCCAUGAGGUUCUCUGUACAGCUUGGCUUGUUUCCUGCUAUAGUAGUUUUGGACACGGACCAUGCAUGGUACAGGAGGCAGUAGCUUUCACCUAUGGAUGGCAAAGUGCUUAGACUUCCGAGGAGACGAGUGCACAAGAAAAAUCAAGUGACGUUGCACCAACAUCCCCUUGUAUAUUGUACACCCAGCCCAUUAUCAAGUGACGACGUGUAGUAUCAU